UGUUGUCCUCUUGUAAUUUCUGACAUUUUAGUUGUAAAUCCUUUCGAAUUUAAUGUCGACUUUCUUAAUUUCCCCUUGGUUACUUCUUGGGCAAUCACCAUUUUAAAAUAUUUCAAAGUACAGUAUGUAGCACAUUACAGGUUAUAUUGAGAUGCAGUCAGUAUUCUGUAUUAUAGAAACUGCGUCUUCGCACAUCAUUUACGUUGACUAUUUUACCUACCAAAUGUUUGUGUAUCAGUGAUUUUCCAAAACUGAAUAUUAAUGAAUCAAUAAUUAAAAUUUACUGUCCUUCCUCCACAUUUUGAGUGUUUGCAUAAUGAAUUCACUUAACACCUGAAUGCUUGUUUGCUAGGCAGUGAACCAUAUCUAGAGUGUAUCAAGGUUUUGGUAAUACCUAUCAAAUCCUGGUAGGCAGAAAGUUAUUCGUAUGUUCAGUAUGUUGAUUGAAAGUUGUCUUCUUAGUCCAGUUAAUUAUCGCUCUACAUUUAAUGACUAAAAAAAUUUCGAAAUGAAUUACUUUUAUAUUACUAUUAUCGUCACUGCUAUUAUUACUUAGGCGAAAUGUUGACUGUUUACUGUUUCAUACAUCGUAAAAUAUUAGAGUAAAACAGAAUACUAAGCUAGAUAUUUUUUUUUUCUAUGAAGAGAAUGCUAAUGAAUUCUAAAGUCCAAAUUAAAGUGUAUUAUAUAUAUUAAAACUAAACUCAUUUGCUAGUUCACAUUGAUUUCUAAUGCAUCAUUGAUAAUCACAUGUAUGAUUUUGUAACAAAUAUUUAACCUGGCAGAAAUAACUAUUGCUUUGAAGAAAUAUUUAUUUGCACUAAUUGUGUAGUUACAUUGAACCCCACUAAGUUCUAGGAAAAUACGAAGCGAAAUCCCUUAACCUUUUUGUGCACAAUGAAAUCAACGAAAGAAUGUGUUGAAACAGUCAUAUAUAUUUAUAAAUAUCCAGAUCGUAAAUGUUACGAAUUUCGUGGAAUGUUCAGAGAAAUCUUGUUUUGAUUUGUUUUUUAAACACAUUGAGAUUAUUUUAAGUAAUUCUACAAUGAGUUAUAGUAUUUAUUUCCGUCAUGUAAUCAUUUUCAUUACCUCUAUUACGUAAUGAUGUUUCUCACUUUUAUUUUUACUUUCCCAGUUGAAUUCAUUCAUGCCUAGUAUGAAGAGAUCUAGUUAACACAAGUCUUAAUUAGCGAUGGGUAAUCAGCUGACUGGAUUAUCACCUUCACCAGUUGUCAAUGUUGAAGAUUAUUUAUCCGAAUUGUCUGGUCUAGUUCGAUUUGAAGAAGAGUUAUGCGGUUCAAGACUGUUUAAAGUAGCCAAAAUAAAGUGUAUUGAUGGUGAUAAUCCCCGUUCACUUGUAGUCAAAAUAUUCCCCAAUCCAAAUGUAUCUCAGUUGUUAUGGCGUUAUCAAACUGUUAUGCAGCCUUACUGUCAUCGUAUUAAUUCUGGCUACAAUUUACUUUUUUUCAGCACAUCAUAUGUAACUGAACGUUGUGGAGUCCUAAUCAGAGACUUUAUUGAUCAGUCACUAGCUGAUCGUCUAUGCACACGACCAUUCUUGUGUAUUGAAGAUAAACGUUGGAUUGCUUAUCAACUGUUAUGCGCUGUUGACCAAUUACAUAGCUCUUCAUCUAAAUCAUAUGGUGCAAACACUAGGACUAGUCAUUCAUGUCUUUGUCAUGGGGAUAUCAAGGCGGAAAAUGUACUGAUUACCUCUUGGGGAUGGGUAUUGUUGGCUGAUCCAGCGCCAUUUAAGCCAGUUUGGUUACCAUCUGAUAAUCCCAGUGAAUUUACACAUUUUUUUGAUUCAUCGCGUCGUCGUGUUUGUUAUUUAGCUCCAGAGCGUUUUGUUGAAGUACAGAAUUGUGGAACAACAACAGCAACAACUUCUGCUACCAGUGAUGCUGCUAUUGGUGUUGAAGCCUCAGUGUUAGAUAUGAGUACUCCACUGACCAUUAUACCAGAUAAUCAAUCAGAAGAAGGAGAAGAAGCAAAUGCGUACUCUGAAGAAUCAAAAAACCAACCAAGUUUAACAAUAAGUGAUAUUGGUAAUGUUAUUACGAAGUCAACUACAGAAAAUGACUUAAAUAAAUUAAACAGAGAAAACACUACUGAUGCAUUAGAUACACAACUUUCCUUCGAUGCUUCUGAUAUAACUAAUAAUAAUAGUAGUAACAAUAAUAAUAAUAAUAAUAACAACAACAACUUCGUAAAAAGUGAAUCAUCCUAUGUUGUCGAGAAUUCAAGUGAUAUUUUAACCCAACUCAGUAUGACUUCAUCACCUUCAUUGAUAUUGAAUACAGACGAUUGUGAUUUACAAAAUUCCAAUGAUGAAGUUGAUUUAAAACAUCGGACAAAGUAUAUUGCAUCAAAUUUACCUGAGCUGAACUGUCAUUUAACACCUAGUAUGGAUCUGUUUUCUAUCGGAUGUGUCCUGUUAGAAUUAUUCACUGAUGGAUCAAUAGCUUUCACAUUAGCUGAUUUAUUGGCAUAUCGACGUAAUGAUCAAAGUCGUUUAUUGAAACUUCUGGAACAAGUUCCAUGCGAACAUGCUAAAUCUCUGAUCUAUACACUGCUGUCAUUGGGUAAAGAAGGACGCCAUACAGCUGCUGAACAUUUGAAGCAACAAAGAGGAAAAACUUUCCCAAGUGUCUUUUAUACACACUUGUCACCAUAUCUUCGAAAUUUUUUGAAUCCAGUAUUAAACUGUCCUGACUCAAGAAUAUCAUUUCUUAGACUAACUCUGACAAACUUCCUUCAACAAGUUGCUGACACAGGAUCAGAGAAUUUAAGCACAGUGUCAGUUAUUUUGUGUAAUCUUAUUAUCAGUGCUCUACGACCUACAUCGUAUAGUCAAACUACACAAACUCCAAUCACAGCUGCUGAACUACCAAUUUUAACACAAGUUAAUAAAAUCAGUGUUGAUCCUUUCAGUGCAGUACGAAGCAAUUUGAAUACAUCCACGGUAUAUCAGAAAACUCAGUCAAAUCGUUUAAGUGAAACGGGUAAAGUGAAUGCAUUGAUAUGCCUUUUGGAGAUAGCAUCAUAUAUGCAGCCUAGUUUACUUAUGGAUCGUAUCAUACCUUAUUGUAUGGAAUUGACGACAACAUCGCAUUCUGGUGAAGUUCGAAGUCUAGCUGUUGAUUCUCUAACGCAUAUUUUUAAAUUGGUUACAAAAAAGUGUGAAAAUCUCACAGAGUAUACAUCGUUUUUAGAAGAGACAUUUUUAACAGAAUAUCUUUUCCCGAAUUUAUCGCCUCUCAGUAUGGAUCCGAAACCGGAAGUACGAUUAACGCUAGCUCGAUGUCUGCCUACCUUGGCAACAUGUUCUUUAACGUUUCUUAAUAUUAUAUCAAAGAUGCGUGCUGAGUCGACAGAUGUCAAACAUAAAUCUCCUGAUUUUGUACAUGACUAUCAAAGUGAUCAAAAAACACUGGACAUUCAUUUAUCUAUAUUAAAAUCAUGUAUACAAGAGAGAUUAGUUGCACUAUUCUCAGACACCGAUCCAAAUGUUCGUCUAGGACUGAUGAAUACGCAUAGUCUAUCGUCUUUAGCAUCAUUCUUUGGUCGUUCACGUACAAAUGGAACACUUUUAUCGCAUAUGAUCACAUAUUUAAAUGAUAAAGUUAAACCUGAACUAAGGGCAGCCUUUUUUCGACAAGUUUCUCCAUUGGCUACAUUAAUUGGAGCUCAGUCGGUUACCAUUCUUCGAUCAUUACUUGAACAAGGUCUUAUUGAUCCAGAUGAUAUGGUUAUUGAGGAGUGCCUAAAAUGUUUGAUUAAUCUAUUACGUCGACGACUGCUUAGCGCGCCUAUAGCUGUUUCAUUUUUAACUAGUGCUCUUGCUUUAACUGCACAUCCAUCGUUACGUAUUCGUCAGGCAUGUAUUGCUUACAUUACAACAUUUGCUCGGCUUGCUGUCAACUUCUCUGAAAAAUCACAAUCACGAAUUAUGAGUCAAGAAGAAGAUACGGAGCCUAUGAUACAUCAUUUUUGGCCAGGUAUUUGUAGCCCUGCCAGUAUUUAUGCACGUUUAGUAAACAGUGAAGUCAAGAAAACGGUCUUUCGACGACCUGUACACUUUUGUUUUACAAAUGAUGCAGUACUAUUGAAUAGUUUACAUCCACCAAUUAGUCGAAAUGUUUUAGAAGCUUUGGUAUUCAUGUCCUACUCAUCAUCGAAUAGUGUGAAUCCACCAACCUCAGUUGAUUUGCAAUUACGCGUAGAUAAAUUAGGCCAAAUUUUAAAGUUAUUCCAAGAAAGAAAAUCUUCACGUGCUAUUACACGGAGUGGAGAAACACCUUGUUACACUUCACCAUAUGAUGAAUUUAUUGACUCAUUGAUUUUAAAAUUGAAGUCUUUGGGACUUACAGAGCUGAUGGAAUCACAAUUUGUAAAUUUAUCUAAUUAUAUUUUAAAUUUAUGUCGAAAUGGUCGACCUCAAAAUAUUUUUCAUUCGUCUAAUCCAAAAGUGAAUCGUAUAUUUCCGAAAUAUAGAAUCUAUCCUUUUGAAAACUGGGGUAAAAAGCUUUUAAGUUCAAAACCUCUUAAUCAGUGUAUAGAUCCCAAAGACUUCCUGGCGGAUCCCUCUUAUUUACAAUGGAUACUGUCUUCUCCGUUAAAAAGAUACGUAAACCUUCUAUGGGAACGGUUACAAUCGGGUCGCCUUUCAUUGCAUCGUGAUACUUUUGAUUCAGCUAAAAAGGUUAUAUUUGGUCGUGGUUUAAUACUGUCUCCAUCUGUAACAUCGCUUUCUGGUACAGAUCAUUCUGAAUCAUCAGUGAGUACGUCUAAUACAAAUCAAUCAAAGACCAGUACAUUUGUUCACGGUGAAGUGUUCUCAUCAUUUACAGAGAUUGUUAAUCCAUUGUCCGGUCUACGAACAAAUCCUCGUAAUAUGUUUGAAGUACAAGGUGAAAUGCCUGUAUGGCCGGAAUCUCGUCCUCAAGGUAUUAUGCUGGCUAACCUUCGUGAGCAUCGUGCAGGUGUAAUAAGUUUGGCAACUCAUAAUUCUGGUAGACUCCUAGCAUCAUGUUCAAGUGGUGAUGGAUCAGUGAAACUAUGGAAUUGUGGAUUUUGGCCUACUGAGUCUGAUGGUUAUUUAGAUCAAUCAUCAGCUGGAAAUCACUCUGGACGCAUUAACAGCAGUGGUACAUCGUCCGAGUUUGUUCAAAAGUCGGCAAAUUCGAAAAACUCAGAGCUUGGUUUAGCCUAUUGCUUACCUACACGAUCAUCCUGGACGGUUAACUGUGUUGGACAAGAUUCAAAUGAUUCAUCGUUUAAAUCAUGUCGGGGUCUUGUUUGGACAGCGAAUGGAACUAGUUUGGCUACAAUACUAGAUGGCAAAUGUCUACAGCAAAUUGAUGUAGCCACUGGUCGAUCCAGCGGGAUCAGUCAGUUAAUUACAGAUAAUUCUGGUCGCGCUGUAUGCCUCAGGUCAUCAACAUGCUGUCACUUUCCUUCACAAUAUAAUCUGUUACAACAGGUCAUGCCAACUGGAGGAGAAGUCAAUUCAAUUGCUUAUGCUACGACUAGCAAUCAAAUUGUUGCUCGUGACAUACGCAUACCAAGUUCUAGUCCUCCUGUAUGGAUAUUAAAGCAAGACAGAGCUCAUGGAUUAAUACUUUCAAUGGCGGUGCAUAGUUUUCACACAUGGUUAGUUACAGGAACUAGUCGUGGUCAUCUUAUUUGUUGGGAUUUAAGAUAUAGACGUCAGAUAGCUUAUACAGAACAUCCAUACCAGGCAGGUGUAGGAAUUUCAAAUCUGCUUAUUGCUGAAACUCCUUCUCCACUUGAAAUGGAGUUAAAGUGUACUGGUCAAAAUCGUACUCAAUUAUCGGAUAAAACCCGUCAAGUAGGACAAACAUUGAUAAUAGCUGCUACUGAUCACCAUAAUGAGUUGACCAUUUGGGAUUUGGAGUCAUCUGCCACAGCAUCAUCUGCAGCCACUUCGUCAUGCAAUUAUGGACUGCCUGGUUCUCUUCCACCAGUUCAGAGUACAGGUUGUUUAGCAUCUACAUGGGCACAACCAGGAAAUGGAACACCUCUUAUUCUUGACAGUUCUCUACCACAGCGAUCAGUUCGAGCUAUUUUAUGUCUUCCCAAUAGGAAUUUAAUGACUACAAAUGAAUAUAAAAAACUCAAUCCUCAAGUUGGACAUUUACCAGCUGUUGUGGCAGGCGGUAACGAUGCACGUUUAAGAUAUUGGAAUUUCAGGAGACCGGAAGAUUCAUGUGUGUUAGUAUGGGCUGGGAAUGAUGAAGAGGCUCUCCCACCGCGAGUUACAUAUCGGUCUAUGGACGUAAAUGAUGUCUAUGUUUUAGUUGAACAAGUCAAUACACCUUCAGGUGGCGAUACAUCAAGUCUUCUGACAAAAACGGUUUACACAGAAUCUUCACCCAAACUACAACGGCCGAGUACCACUGAGUCAUUAACAAGCAAUGCAUUCCCUACAUCUGGGCGUCUAGAGUUACGCGAAUCAACUAAAGGUCAUAAAAACAUUAUAUCUGAUUUAACUAUUCUUCAAGCAGGUCAAGCAUUUUUAGUAUCCUCUUCAAUGGAUGGAGUUAUAAAGAUUUGGCGAUAGUGA